UGAGGACCCAGGAGCAAGCUGUUAACACCUCCUUUUUGUCCCCUUCCUCUGCCACAACAUCGCCCACCUUGGCUCAGGCCUGACCCUUAAAAGUGCCAGAUGGUGCUGCCGCUAUUGGGCAUCUGUGCACUGUUUGGACGCUUCUGGGGCAAGUCGUGGGAGCCUGUGCAAGGCCUCCUCACGGAUGGCUGUGGCUGCGGAGAACCCCGCUGCUGCGGCAACCUCUUCAUCCUUUGCCUAUUCCUGCUCUGGCAAGUUCGGCAGAGGUUCAGGGGCCCUAAGAACCUGGCCGCCAAGAAGAAAAGCUCCGAGCUGUCAAUGCUGAAGGCAGUGCCUCCCUGGCAUCACUUAGCCAUCCCUGUGCCAUCUCCUGGGCUCUCCAUCUGCCCCUGCACCCAAAAGCGCCUGGAAAUCCAUGUCCAGAAGUUAGUCCACCGGCAAAAGUGGGGACCACCCCAGAAGCUCCGGGAAUCCUGGGCCCAGUACCUGCUCUCCCAGCUGUCAGGACACACAGGCCUUGAGAAAUUGGGUGAGCCUGGUGUCUGCUCCCCACUCUUCCCAAGCUCCUGUAGGUGUCUGGAGGAGUACCAUAAGGAACUAUACGUCCUGGGGGGCUGGCAGUUUGCUCGAGGGUUCUAUGAUAUCCAGGCUCAUCUUCUCUGCAAGGUACCCCUGCCCCAAGUCCUGGAGGGGCCGGGCUGGAUGGAGCAGGCCCGGGAGACAACAUCCAUCAUCCUGCCAGCACCUAUCCCCAUCUCAAAGGAAAUCCCCCUUCCUGAUUCCCCACCUGCUCCAGAGGGGACACCUUGCCACUCUCUCCUGCCCAUUGAAAGGCCAUGCACGCCUGUGGAUCAGCUCGUGGAAGUACCUGAAGCACAGGAACUAGAACUAGAGAGAGAAGACCAGCGGCUGGCCAGGGAUGAAGGCACCCCGUCCAUCCAGGCCUUGGGAGUGGGGGAGGGGCUGGUUGUAGGUGAAGAUAUAUUAGAGGCAGGUUCUCAAACCAAUAGCUCAGGAAGGGAGAGUCUCACCUACAAAGAUACCAGCUUCCCAUGGAGCCUGGCUUUGGAAGAUGUUGACUCAGAAGUCUCAGAACAGGAACUGGAGGCUGCUGAGAAGUCCCCUGAUACCACUCCUCGGAUACUGCCACUGGUCCAAAUGUGGGAGGGUCUCCAGGCCCCUGCAAGGGAGGAAAGUCUUCAAGACUCCCAUAAGGACUUCUCUGGAAGGGGGCACAGGGUGGGAGGUGGCAUCAGUCUCAUGCCAGGUCAGCAUCAGCACCAGUGUGGCCAAGCUGGGGGCACUGCCCUGGAGCUCAGCCACCAUGACAUACCUUCCCCGGGGUGGAGUGAAGAAAGCUGGGCUCUGAAUCCUCUCCCCCUUUUCACUACACCCGCAGAUGAUAGUAACCAUCCCCCAACACCCUCAGAUACUUAUUUCAAAGAGGUUACAUCUACUCAUGCAGUGCCCCCGAAGCGGUCAACCCUAAAGAAGAGCUCCCGGCUCCUUCUGGAACCCCUCAUGCGGCGCAAGAUCACCCACCUGAAGUGGGGUCUCCCCCGAAGGAUCCAGGAGUCUGAGUGGUUGUUUCAGCUGAUGGGGCACUCUUCACCUUCUAAUGCUGGCAUGCAGUACUCCAGCCCAGAAGAAGAGACCAUUAAGGGAGAGUCAAAGAUGCAAGAAGGUGAGCCUAUCCUGGGAGAGACGGUGACCCAAAGCAGCUGCCAGGACCCGAGCUUUCCCAAGGCUGCUAGCAGCGCCCCUGACCCUGGGCUACAGCUGUUUUUCCAAUUCAAGGAGAGACUCAAGUGCCAAGAGAAGGAAGCCCAGAAGCUGCCCAUGUCACCCAGAAAGAAGAAAGGGAAAAAUGACCCAGACUGUCCAGAUGUGAGGGGCCUCUCCAUCAGCCUUGAUGGAGCUAAGGGGCCCAAACAGUCGCCAAAUCUCUGGGAACCACAAGAUCCCUGCGAUGAGGCUCUGUCUCAGGCCGUGCUGCCAUUCAUCACAGACUGUCCCCGGGGAGGUGCCACCAGGGAGCAGACAGGAUCCAGCCCCAAAGAUUCCCUGUCCACCGGGGCCUGCGAGUGCAGGGGCAGUCAGGAGACUGCAGAGGAGACAUCUCCUGGAAGCUGGGGGAGCGGCUCAGAGCCGAGGUCGGGCCCUUCUAACGCGGCCCAGGGAGUCUUUGAGAAGCUAGGGAGCCCCAGUCCUAGAGCCAGCAUGAAGGCUUGGCUAAAUGAUCCCUGCAAAAAGGAGAUGAACCCGAAGGUCUCCCAAGACAGCCAGGCUCUGCCCUGGGCAAUGGUGUGUCACUGGUCGAUGCCUUCCACCUCUCAAUCGCAGAACAUGAGCGAUUCUGGUGGGGACACCCCUCAGGGCCACAGAUCAGAAGUCCACCUCUUGCCAGCAGAACAGAGAAAAAAGAUUUUUUGGUCUCCAGGAGGCAGGACACCCGAGUCAGGGGCCUCCUCUUAUCCCUCAGGCAGGACCAAAGGACCUUUUCGGACUGUAGCCAUGAGACUAGGCACGGCCUUCAUGAACAAGAUGCCCUGGUCCCCAAGGCAUGCCAGCUCAGCAACCUCAGUUUCCAACCACGGCCAACACCAAGAGGAUCCUGACUUCCUAAGUGGGUCUGGGAGCUCAGGAAUACCCCAGGCUGGGCUCCCUGGGAGAUCCUGGGACAGAGAAGAGGGGGAAGGGUCUGACCCCCGAGGCUUCACCAGGGACUGUACUUCCCUGCACUUGGAAAGGGACUCUUCACCCCCAGAUCAAUCCUUCUGUGAUGAUGGGCCGGGAGAAUCAUCAGCACAAAGCCUUCCGAGGGAGCAAGUAGCUGCCAAACCCAGCUGGGUGAAGCGACUGAGGGGUCUUCUAAUCCGGCUCAACUUCAACAAAUAGGCCCUAGAUUCAGAUCUCAUGCUAGAGAACACCUGGUGUUCCCUGCUCUUGACAAAGCCUCUAGUAAAAGGUGCUUUU